CAAUAAUUCUUUGAAAGGAUUCACUAAUAGCUUUUGUGAGGCGUUGCUAUCACUGCUCUUGUUCCUGUCACUCUUUGCUCCUGUCACUUUGUCAGUCAGUCGCUUACUUCCUCUGUCUGUCAGUGCAGUAGGCUUAGCACUAGGCUACCCAGCCUAGUGCUAGCGUGGCUUACCACCAGGCUGUAUAGCCUAGCGGUUAGCGCGCCGGACUCCGACGCAGAAGGCGAGAGUUCGACUCCACCUUGUGGACUGCAAACCUAAACGCAUACUUAUGUGUCUGCUUUGUAAUGCCCGCGGGGGCCCCGCUUCCCAUUCAUUCUCUAUGGUAGUGCUAAACCACUACGGAUGAAAUAUAUUUUUGGCCACUAUGACCCUUGUGGCGCUGUUGUGGAUGCGGUACUUCUAAAAAUUUCCGCUUUGAAACUUUUGCCGAGACAGGACAGUUAACCCACUGCUCGCUACAGCAAUCAGUGCCCCGUAUUCAUUUAUUAAAGAUGCACAAGAAAGUUGUAUUGUACCCAGGUAAAACCUGUGUGGUGUUCCGCAAGGGGCCACUCGGAUACCUCCUCCAAGACCCGUCAGAUGAAGCUCGGCGGAUAAAAGACAACACCAAACUUCAGAACAAGUCUGUACCAAUGAGGGAGGACCUGGUACAUCAGAAUGCUCUGACUGUGGUCCGUCACAGAGGAGGGGAUGCCUCCGACAGGCGCGAGGUGUAAGGAGAGUACAUCCUGCAGUUUGGAAAAUAUAAAGGAAAAUCUUUCCGGUGGCUUCUGGAAAAUGAUGUUGGGUACACCAUGUAUCUGAUCAAAAGUCUCCAGAAGGAAGAGGCUGCAGGGAUCGCCAUGGCUGAAAGGCAUAGUAAGGAUAGCCUGCAGUCAUUCGUACAGUAUGCCCUCGGUUUUCCGGAGAUAAAGUCUCUUCAGGAUUAUGAGGCCAGCAGAGUGAGUGCUGCAGCAGAAGUCUCCUCUGAAGAUGAUCAGCUUGUUGGCUUUGGCUUACCAUCUAAGAGCACACGGAAGGAGAUUUGGGAUGGCAGAGGUGAUGGCUACGCGGCCUUUAUCAUGGAAAAGAGCUGCAUUCAAGGAACACGGAUGUAUAAGCUGCAGCAGUACUUGCGCAAGAAGCAUCAGUCUGCCUCAGCUACCACAAGGACCUCCACCAAACCCAUUGGAAUGGAUGAUGACAAAGAGUUGGAGGAGGCAAUGCUGAGUGUCUCACCUGAAAAACUUGAAGCCGACAGCUUAGUUACUGUGCCAACAGCAGCAGCAGCAGCAGAAGUACCCACACCCAGAGUGCCUUCAGGAGCAAAGACAGCUCCCUCUGCGGCACUGUCCAUACCCCCUUCCGACACAACUACUGAACUUCAAGCAUCAUCAGCUGAUGGUGCAGCCUUAAAAGAUGAGAAGAGCAAGGUUCCUGUGCCUGUACCAAAGGAGCUGUCGUUUCUACUGAAGGAGACCACAGAUCAAACACAAGGGCCUGAGUCAAAUCCAGGGCCCAGCACAAGUGUUGCUUGCACAUCUGUGCGCAAAGCUCUCACUUUUGAAGACAGCAAUGAAGAUGCUCCUUCAGCUCAGCCAGCCAUUCCUGUUCCAGUGGCUGGUUAUGAGCAUGAGCUGAGUACCUGGAACUGCUCACAACACCAGAAGCUGUGGAUGAAGACCGAGCUGCAAGAUCUGGGGCUGUGGCCUGGGUCUCGACCAGUGCGUAACCCAGGAAACACAAUUUCACUCUGGCGUCUCCCUCCACAACCUGAGCUCAUAGAUACUGUGGCUGAGCUCCCGUCACCAAAUUUUUUCCAGCUCCACCCCUUCUUCCUAUGGAAACCUGAGAGCAGCAUCAUGGCCAGGUUGAGGAACAAUUAUACCUUGCCAUGUUUGCGUGCUUGUGCUCUUCCACGUGUGGUCUCUGCUGGUGUGGGCAGGCCUCGAGUGAUUGUUGGCACCAGUGGUCAGUAUUACAUCCUGUCCUCACGACUCUGCUGCAGGGCUUGUCGCAGGAACUGGUUUGCUGACAAUCCACGAUGGCUGGAGAAACUGCCAAAUAGGUUUACCAACCUUCUCCCAGCCUUUCUAACUUACAAAAAGGCCAUCUGCAAGUCUGUAAUGGAUGAGCUGAGGCGCACUGGCAAACCUCCAGCAGACAUGGCAAACCAGGUGAACGAACUCAUGCAUCUUAAGUUUAGACGAGCUCACCUGGCAUACCUGCAUGCCAUAGAAUCUGUCUGGGAUUCUGUAAAUAAGUUAUUUUUUACAAGAACAUCAACACAGUGUUCACUUUGAGCUCAGCUGUAUCUUUAUUUGUGUAUGCUUACCAUAAGCUGCUGGCCUUGAAUCUUGUUAUUCCUAAAAGACUUCACAUAAUGAAUACAGUCCAUGCUUUUUGUAUAGGAGUUACAGCUUUUAUCUUUUUAACCUUUCUGUUCUAUUUAUGUUAUAAUAAAUAUGACUGCU